GGUCCCCCUGCCGUUCCAUCCCUUGAGUACAGUACUUGGCUUGUCUUCAGCAACCUGCGAUCAGCUUGCGUUCCUGCCUUGUUUGAAUUUGCUGAUCGCCUAGCAUAUCUCUCCAUUGAUCGAAUCUGCAACUGCUUCAUUGGUCGACCUCUGUUGUAUAGCCGAGGAGAUCAGGUUUCAGCGAUGGCUGGCCAGGUGUGUGUGGUAACCGGCGGUCGCGGUUUCGUCGGUCGCUGGCUGGUUCGCAAGCUGUUAGCGACGGGCGAAUGGGCGACGGUGCGGGUGGUGGACAUGGCGCCCGAGCUCAAGCUCACGGACGACGAGGCUAACGGCGAGGGCGAGGCGGGGCUCGUGCGGGACUCGGCGCGCAGCGGACAGCUGGAGUACAUCUCGGGGAAUGUCUGCGAUCGGACGGCCAUGGUUAAAGUCUUCCAGGGCGCAUCUGCGGUGUUCCACAUGGCGUCGCCCAACCACGCGCUCACGGACCUCGCCCCCCACUACACCGUAAACGUGCUCGGCAUCAAGAACGUGAUCGCGGCGUGCCAGGAGGCGGGCGUGCGGCGGCUGGUCUUCACCAGCUCGGCCAGCGUGGUGUUCGACGGGCGCCACGACAUCAAGAACGGGGACGAGUCGCUGCCGUAUGCCGGCAAGGCUACUAACGCGUACGGGGAGACCAAGGCGCAGGCGGAGGCCAUAGCCCUGGCGGCCAAUGGUCAGGGCGGGCUGCUGACGUGCGCCCUGCGCCCCAGCAACAUCUUUGGCCCGGGGGACCCUGACCUCGUGCCCAUCACUGUCAGAAACGCGCAGAAGGGGAAGCUCAAGUUCAUAGUGGGAGACGGGGAGAACAUGUCUGAUUGGACGUACGUUGAGAACGUGGUGCACGCUCAUAUCUGCGCUGAGAAAGCUCUUAGCGAGUACAAGGGCGACCCAGCCAGUGAGGACUCGCCAGCUGGCAAGGCCUACUUCGUGACCAACGCGGAUCCAAGGCGGUUCUGGGACUUCAUCUUCGCCAUCGCAGGGGGCUUCGGCUACAGCAGCAAGCCCAUAGCCAAGCUCCCAGCAGACGUCUUGAUUCCCAUAGCAGCGGGCGUGGAGGCCGUGUCAAACGCCCUGGCCCCUUUCGGCGUGCCCCCGUCAGAUUUCACGCCUGCCCGUCUGCUCAUUGCCACCCGCUGGCGGACCUUUUCACCUGCCCGGGCGGGCAGGCUGCUGGGCUACAAGCCAAUCGUCACAGUUGAUGAGGGGCUAGAGCGCACAAUAGCAGCGUACCCUCACCUACAGCGCGCAGCAUACGAGAAGGAAAGGGCCGCAGAGGCAGCAGCGGCGCGAGCAGCGUUCAGAAAGCGCUCAGCUGUGCACAAGGCGCUGGGAGGAGGGGUGGUUGCCGACCUGCUGCUGUGGCAGGACGCGCGGAUGUCAGUGCUGGCGAUGCUGCUGGCGUGGAUGGUGCUGCGGUGGGCCAUCGGGAGGGUGGGGGGGACUCCGGUGCUCUCCCUUGCAGCUUCUGCAGCAAUGGCGUUCCUGCUGCUCGCGGCAGUGCUGCAUCGCGUUGCUCCGGUGGCCAAGAGGUUCCGCCUGCCUCUGCCUGACGUGGCGGCUGUUGAGUGGCGCAUUCCCGAGAAGCCAGUGGUAGAGGCUGGCCAAUGGGUGGCUGCCACGUGGAACGGCUCUGUGGCGGCCCUGCAGGAGAAGCUUCUGAACGAGAGGGACUGGGGCACUGCUGGCAAGGUGCUGGGUGUGCUGACUGUGCUUCAGCUCUUCUCAUCUUUCAUCAACAUUCACACUCUUUCCUUCCUGGCCCUACUGGCGGUGUUCGCAAUCCCCUCUGUCCUGGACAAGAGACUAGGGAGCAAGGCGGCACUUUCCAGCAGCCAAGCCAAUCAAGCGUCCUCCCCCUCGGGUGCCGUCACAUCAUAAUUAGCCAUACAAGCAGUGGUGCGGUGCGGGCAUGCUAUGGUUGACCCAAACAUCGCUAGUUUACGGAUAAUAAGGGAGGUGGACUGAGUGGCCACACAUACAAUACAUUGUCACGAGCAGUGCUGCCAGGUAGCGCCGGCAGGCAGUGCUGUCUGUGUUAUAGUAUUCAUGGUUCCCUUACAGAUGUGCUGUGCAGCCGUUAGCCCUUCCAACUUGGUGCCGCUGAUUCCACGUCACAGUGCAUGUCAGUGCAUACAAAGCUACACUACACAUGUAUCAUGAUAUGGUAAGAGGUGAAGCUCCUGGUGAUAUCUGUUUCUCUGCAUGUGGUGCACAGCUAAACAUCUCGAUAAUAAAGAAACCAUUUUUCG